AUGAACCGCCAGACAUCGACCCGCACCAUGCAGCAGGGCGCAACGCCCGUGGGCACCCUUGAGGGCUACAUGCCCGGUUUCGGCAACGAUUUCGAGACCGAGGCGCUGCCCGGCGCGCUGCCGCAAGGCAUGAACUCGCCGCAGAAAUGCAAUUACGGCCUUUACGGCGAGCAGCUGACCGGCACGGCAUUCACCGCGCCCAGCCACCAGAACGAGCGGACCUGGUGCUAUCGCAUCCGCCCGUCGGUCAAACACUCGCACCGCUACGAAAAGAUCGAUCUGCCCUAUUGGAAAUCGGCGCCGAACAUCGAUCCCGAUGUGAUCAGCCUUGGCCAGUAUCGCUGGAAUCCGGUGCCGCACAGCGGCGAAGCGCUGACAUUCGUCAGCGGCAUGCGGACCAUGACGACGGCCGGCGACGUCAACACCCAGGUCGGCAUGGCAACGCACAUCUAUCUCGCCACCCAAUCGAUGGUGGACGACUAUUUCUUCUCGGCCGAUUCCGAACUCCUUGUCGUGCCGCAGGAGGGCCGGCUGCGCUUUUGCACCGAGCUUGGCAUCAUAGACAUCGAGCCCAAGGAGAUCGCCAUCAUCCCGCGCGGCCUUGUCUACCGCGUCGAGGUGCUGGAAGGACCGGCGCGCGGCUUUGUCUGCGAAAAUUACGGUCAGAAGUUCGAACUGCCGGGCAGGGGGCCGAUCGGCGCCAAUUGCAUGGCCAACCGGCGCGACUUCAAGACGCCGAUUGCCGCGUUCGAGGAUCGGGAAGUGCCGUCGACGCUGACCGUGAAAUGGUGCGGCCAGUUCCACCGCACCCAGAUCGGCCAGUCGCCGCUCGAUGUCGUGGCCUGGCACGGCAAUUACGCUCCCUGCAAAUACGAUCUGCGCAACUAUUGUCCGGUCGGGGCAAUCCUGUUCGACCACCCCGAUCCGUCGAUCUUCACGGUCCUGACGGCGCCGUCCGGCCAGCCGGGCACCGCCAACAUCGAUUUCGUCCUGUUCCGCGAACGCUGGAUGGUGAUGGAAGAUACCUUCCGCCCGCCCUGGUAUCACAAGAACAUCAUGAGCGAGCUGAUGGGCAACAUUUACGGCCAGUAUGACGCCAAGCCCGAGGGCUUCGUGCCGGGCGGCGUGUCGCUUCACAACAUGAUGCUGCCGCACGGGCCGGACAAGAACGCCUUUGAAGGCGCGUCCAAUGCCGACCUGAAGCCCGAAAAGCUCGACAACACGAUGAGCUUCAUGUUCGAGACGCGCUUCCCGCAGCAUCUGACGGCCUUCGCCGCCAAGGAAGCGCCCCUGCAGGACGACUAUAUCGACUGCUGGACCGACCUUGAAAAGAAAUUCGACGGCACGCCGGGCAAGAAGUAG